AUGGGCCCCUCCCCAAGUCUGUCACCUUCCCAUCGCCCGCGAAAGAAGAGGAGAUUGCUAUCAACGACCGCUCCCCACUCAAACAUCGAUCUUAUCACCAACACGGAUGCAACUCAGCCUUCUCCCACCUUUCCGCUCGUGUCGUUUCUAUGGACAGCUCGUGCCGGUGUAUCCCAAUGGGUUGUGCUACCUCUGAUUCUGAUGGUCGUUGGGUUAUUUCGCUGGUCCACAGGCCUAUGGGGAUAUUCUGGCCAAAACACUCCUCCAAUGUACGGUGACUUUGAGGCUCAGCGACACUGGAUGGAAAUCACCACCCAUCUACCGUUGUCGCUAUGGUACUUCUAUGACUUACAAUGGUGGGGUCUGGACUACCCUCCCCUGACUGCCUAUCACAGUUGGCUUUUGGGUAAAUUCGGUUCGAUCAUUGACCCCUCAUGGUUUGUCCUGGAUGACUCCCGCGGAGUUGAAGGCCCUUUACUCAAAGUCUAUAUGCGUGCGACAGUCGUGAUCUCCGAAUACCUCGUUUACAUUCCUGCCGUUGUUAUAUUUCUUAGGAGAUACUCUCGAAUGCAAGGAACUCACGUCUGGGCUUCUUCCAUUGCGCUUGUUGCCAUCCUUAUGCAGCCUGCCACUAUUCUUGUAGACCAUGGACAUUUCCAAUACAAUACCGUUAUGCUCGGGCUAGUUGUCGCAGCAUUGGAAAGCAUGUUCGCCAGCCGGAUGCUCUGGGCCUGUUUGUUCUUCGUAUCGUCCCUAUGCUUCAAGCAGAUGGCUUUGUAUUUUGCCCCAACGAUAUUCGCCUUCAUGCUUGGCUCCUGUUUUUCACUACGCGUGAGGAUUGGCCGUUUAAUCAGCAUUAGUCUGAUCACGAUCCUUACGUUCGGCCUGAUAUUCGCUCCGUUCAUAAUCAUGCCUCUCUAUAACAAAUACCGCGGCAUUGAGCUGUCACUGCCCAGUCCGCCUCUCCUCCAAAACUUUCCAGUGCAGCUGGAUGAGUCCUCGUGGAUUUUCCCUCCAGUCCUGCAGCUCGCGCAGGCAAUCCAUCGCAUAUUCCCGUUUGCCAGGGGCUUGUUUGAAGACAAGGUUGCUAAUUUCUGGUGCACUAUCCACACAUUCUACAAACUCAACCGUUUCCCGUCAGCCUUACUCCAACGUGCGUCACUUGGAGCCACCAUUCUAAUGAUCUCGACGCCGUGCACGCUCAUCGCCCUAUACCCUCGGCCGACACUUCUUCUACCGGCACUAGCAAGCACGGCAUGGGGAUUUUUCCUAUGCUCCUUUCAAGUCCAUGAAAAGAGCAUCUUGUUACCACUCCUCCCCAUGACCCUACUUUUUGGCAGCGAGCGCGGCUUAAGCAAAGAAACACGGGCAUGGGUUGGCUGGGCGAACAUGCUUGGCGCGUGGACCCUCUUCCCGCUCUUACGACGCGACGAAUUGCGCGUUCCAUACUUCGUCCUCAUUCUGCUGUGGGCAUACCUGCUUGGCCUCCCACCAACGUCGCUAGACCUAUAUUGGAAUGAAUCGGCCGCGCCCUCUCAAGCGACUCAAAACGGCCCCGGGAAUUUACACAUUCUCACGAAGAUAUUGCAUUUGGUUUAUUAUUCAGCUAUGAUAUUCUGGCACUUUCUUGAAGCCUUCGUCGCUACACCGUCGGGGAAGCCGGACGUAUGGGUUGUGCUUAACGUUUUAAUCGGAGCAUCUGGGUUUGGCAUUUUAUAUCUGUGGUGCACGUGGAAACUCAUCCAGCAAACUUGGUUAAUGAGCCCGUCGGCGACUUCAUCGAAGACUCUGAAGGGCGAGUCCAAAACUUAA